GAAGUAGCCGUUAGCUGGAAGCGGAAGAGGAACGACAAGUUGCGUGCGAGAGGAGAACGUCCAACGUUACUAAAUUCGUCGUGUUUAUACCCACGUAAAAACUAACCGUUUUUUUAACAUCGAACAUUAUCGGAUACGAGAUGAUGUUCAACAGACAGACGAGCCUAUGGAUGGGUGAUCUGGAUCCAUACAUGGAUGAAAACUUCAUCAAGCAGGCGUUUAGUGCUAUGGGAGAGUCACCAUUUGGAGUCAAGAUCAUCACUCACAGGAUAACAGGUGGUUCUGCAGGAUACUGUUUUGUGGAGUUGGCAGAUGAAGCAAGUGUGGAUCGCUGUGUCCAAAGACUUAACGGAAAACUGGUUCCUGGAUCAAACCCGCCCCGGAAGUUUAAGCUAAACUAUGCCACCUAUGGCAAACGGCCAGAGGCAGGGCCAGAGUUUUCAGUGUUUGUAGGCGACUUGGCCUCAGAGGUGGACGACUUCCAGCUGCACCAAGUUUUUAAGAAGUUCCCCUCCUGCAAAGGAGCCAAAGUCGUCACUGAUCAAUAUGGAUACUCCAGAGGGUAUGGCUUUGUCAAGUUUGGGGAUGAGAGUGAGCAGAAGAAGGCCAUAGAGGAGUGUCAGGGGACGAUGCUCGGGGGAAAGCCGCUCAGACUUAGUAUUGCUGUAGCAAAGAGCCAGAAGAUGAGUAGCUAUCAUGGGGGCCAGGGCCAGAACUACCAGAGCAACUACAACCAAUCUCCGUCUAGUUACUAUGGCGGCCAUAGCGGUGGGGGCCAGGGAGGUUACUACUCACAGUGGGGGGGCUAUGACCAGUACAGUGGCUACAACAGUGGCUACAACAGCGGCUAUAACAGUGGCUACAACACGGGAUACAACUAUAACUAUGCACCUUAUGGGUACCCCCCACCAGGCCACAUGAUGCCCCCACCUCCCAUGGGGAUGCCACCGAUGUCCUCUGACAUGUCUGGUGCUAUGGAGCAGGGUCAUGAAGAGACUGAUGUUAUAGAGGAGGAUAAUGCAGAAGAGCCCAUCCCUGAAUGUGAUGUGGAACAGUGGAAUAAAGACUUUAUGCAGCGCAGUGAAGAGCUCUACGAUGCCAUGAUGGACUGUCACUGGGAGCCCGUGGACUCUGUUGAUUCCUCCACCCCACCCCUUUCUUGAUACAUUGACUCCUUUAUAGCUCCCUAAUGGCUGAAUAUUUAAAAAUGUUUUUUUAAUCGUUUCAUAUUCUUCUAAGAGUCAAAGCUACCUUAACAUGUUUACGGACAGUUUACUGUCUCUUAAACAUGGUUGAUGCUACAUACACAAUACUAGUUUCUAUUCAAACCUCUAUUCAAUGUACAUUGAAUUUUUGAGUUGAUUUAAAUUUUACCAUGUUGGUAAAUUACAGAAAGCUGGUCAGUAAUCAGUGAAGUUAUUGUGCAGUCCACACUGUGUAGUAUGAUGUCUUGAGGAUGUGGCACGGUCAGUGUUUGGCCAGUGAUUAAUAUUACAGAUGAACAAACAUGCGUUAGCUUUGGUUUAUUAAUGCUGAAGUUGUCACCAGCAUUAGAAUUAAUAUAGCCCCAUCUCUUUAGAAACAAAAGUAAACAAUACCUUUACUGUGUUUUUCUGUCUUUUAUGGAUUAAUUUUUAACAUAUGAUGUUUUUAAUGAAGGAUUGUUCCUUUUUUUUCCCCUCCAAAAUGUCUUGACGUUCUAAUUGUAAGAGUACGAAGAUGAAUCAGAACUGUAAUUUCUAGCCUCUUUCCAGACACGUUUCUGAAUAACAAAUGAUCCGCAGAACUCUCAAAAUUUCUGAGGAUGAUUUAUUUGAUCACACACAUCCUGUUAGCUCUGAUUUCCCACUAUCUUCUGGUUGUUUUUCUUUCUGCACAUAUUUAAUAAAAACAGUUAGAAAAUGUU